CCUCGUUGGCCGGUGCAAGUAAUCUCUUUAAAACUUGAUUCAUUCUACCUAGAUAUCUAGACGUCCAGGAUUGCUCCAAGUGUACGGUGGAUGUCUACCACUUCAACCUUCAACUGCUCUAUAAAAUGACAGCUAAGGAACUCACAAGAAAACUCAUCCCAGACUUUGAGUGAAUUCAAUUACCUAGCAGUAUAACAAUCAUCUCCUUCUCCUUCACCUAUUUUUGAACAAAAAUGUCUUGCAGCUGCGGCUCAAACUGCUCCUGCGGCAGUGACUGCAAAUGUGGAAAAAGAUACCCUGACCUUGAAUACUCAGAGACCACUUCUACUCAGACCAUCAUUGCUGGGGUUGCACCAGUGAAGAUGUACUAUGAGGGUUCUGAGAUGAGCUAUGGAGCAGAGAAUGACUGCAAGUGUGGCUCAAGCUGCAGCUGCAGCUCUUGCAGUUGCAACAAAUGAUCAAAGCAAGACGAGGUCAAGAAUUUGCUGUGAUGGUGGUUUCUAUAAAUAAGAAAAGACUGUAAAAGUUGAAUUUGCAAGUUGGGUUUUAGUGCUUAUUGUAAAAUAAUAAGAUUGCCAUAUUGAUCUGCAAAUCCAUGAUCUCUCCUAGCUAGCUAGCUAGGGUUUGUGAUUUGCUUUGUGGCUACCUUUGUAUGUUACAUCUUUCUUAAGUAUAUGUGUUUGUUGUUCUGGGUUCUUC